AUGUCCUCUGAAGACGCCCCCAAGCUCACCAAGGAAGAAAAGAAGGCCCGCAAGGAGGCCAAGCAGGCAAAGAAGGCUGCCAAGGCUGCCGCUUCUGCCGAAGCUACCCCCGCCGAGUCUACCGAGGCCACCCCUGCUGCCGAGGAGGUUAAGCCCAAGAAGGAGAAGAAGGACAAGAAGGACAAGAAGAGAAAGGACGUGGACGCCGAAGAAGCUCCCAAGGAGGAGGCCAGUGAAGAGCCCCCCAAGAAGAAGAAGAAGAGCAAGUCUACCGACGACGCUACGCCUGCUCCUGCUGCCACCGAAGAGCCCAUCUCCAAGAAGCAACAGAAGAAGCUCGCCAAGGCUGCUGCCGCUGAGGAAGCCACCAAGACCGCCGCUGCGUCUCUCCCGGCUGUCGAAGUGUCCACCACCUUCACCCCCGAACACACUGCCUUCCUUACCGAAAACGCCAUCACCCUCCUCCCCCAUACCUACCCUCCCGUCCUCUCUAUCCCCUCUCUCCCUGUCAACCCCAAGAUCACCAAGUUCUUGUCAAAGUUCACCAAGCCUACACCUAUUCAGGCGUGCUCUUGGCCCCCUCUUUUGACCAAGAGGGAUGUCGUCGGUAUCGCCGAGACUGGGUCUGGUAAGACUCUUGCUUUCGGUGUUCCCGGUGUCAACCUUCUCUCCGGCCUUGCUCCUGUCACUGGCAGCAAGAAGGGCAGGGGACAAGUCCCUGGCCAGAUCCAGAUCCUCGUCCUCGCCCCUACCAGAGAGCUUGCUCAGCAAUCCCACGACAACCUCGCCGCGCUCGCCGCCGAAGUCGGCAUCAAGAGUACCUGCAUCUUUGGUGGUGUUGGCAAGGAUGGCCAGGCCAGAGAGCUGAGCGACACCAAGACCAGGAUCGUUGUUGGUACACCCGGCCGAACUUUGGAUUUGGCUGAUUCUGGAGACUUGGACUUGAGCUCCGUGUCGUAUCUUGUCCUCGACGAGGCUGACCGAAUGCUCGACGCCGGUUUCGAGAAUGACAUCCGUCGUAUCAUCGCCCACACCCCUGGCCACGAGCAAGGUCGUCAGACUGUCAUGUUCUCUGCCACAUGGCCCGAGUCUGUCCGUCGUCUCGCUGCCACCUUCCUCAACAACCCUGUCCGCAUCACUGUCGGCUCUGACGAGCUCAGCGCCAACAAGCGUAUCGAGCAAGUCGUCGAGGUCCUCGACGACCCCCGUGGCAAAGACCCCCGACUGAUCUACCACAUCCGCGCCCACCUCAAAGCCAACCCCAACUCCACCGCCUCCCCCACCCGUAUCCUCGUCUUUGCCCUCUACAAAAAAGAAGCCCAACGCCUCGAACAAACCAUCCGCCGUGGCGGCUUCCAAGUCGGCGCGCUCCACGGCGACAUGACCCAAGAUGCCCGAUUCAAGGCGCUCGACAAUUUCAAGACUGGCAAGCAAAACAUCCUUGUGGCGACUGAUGUUGCGGCGAGAGGGUUGGAUAUCCCGGAUGUGAAUUUGGUGAUUAAUGUGACUUUCCCGUUGACGACGGAAGACUUUGUGCAUAGGUGUGGACGAACGGGACGAGCGGGGAAGAGUGGGAAGGCGGUGACGUUCUUUACUGGUGAGAACCACGAAAAGAGCUUGGCGGGAGAGUUUAUGAGGGUGUUGAGGGAUGCUGGUGCGGAGAUCCCCAAAGAGAUGGACAGGUUCCCUACUACCAUCAAGAAGAAGGAGCACGGAUCUUACGGUGCCUUCUACAAGGACACUACCAACGCUCCUCCCCCUACUAAGAUCACUUUCGAUUAG